ACUGAUAUAUUAACGUAUGACGAAUCGGUUUUCCAGUAGUUUAACUCGCGAGCUCUUCAAUCAAACACUAAAGAUUUUUUCCAUUGUACUUAAAAUUGAAAUGUGAUAUUUGUAGUUUUGUUGGAGUUUUAAAAAGUGACUUAAGGUAUUCCUGCCGGUUAUAACAGAUAAAAAAUAGCUAGUCAUGGAUGCCAAUGAGAUUAAAUUUAAGGAUAAAGUUCAUCCCGAAGUGAGGGCCAAUUUUAUAUCAAAACUAUUUUUCUGUUGGUUUAUACCCACUUUCAUAAGAGGUUACAAGACACCUUUGGAAGAAAAAGACUUAUACAAUGCUUUACCUGUUCACAAUUCCAUAACGUUGGGAGAUAAAUUGGAAAAUGCGUGGAACAAUGAACUUGCUAGAAGUAAAAAUCCUUCAUUAUGGAAAGUUUUACUCAAAACCUUUAAGUUGGACUUUCUCUUCACAGGGGCAAUGUACUUUUUUAACGAAUUCGCUUUGAAGUUAGGUCAACCAAUAUGUAUAUCCCAAUUGUUGCUCUACUACAACCCAAACUCAACAAUGACCAAGAAAGAAGCCUAUUUCUACGCUGGAAUGGUUGUGGUAUUAUCCAUGCUUCAAGUUAUCAUAAGCCACAAUGUCGUGCUACGCUUACAACAUUUGGGAAUGAAAAUGAGAGUUGCGUGUUGUUCCUUGAUCUACAGAAAAACAUUAAGACUAAACAAGUCAGCACUUGUUGAUACAACAAUUGGUCAGAUGGUAAAUCUACUCUCAAACGAUGUCAAUAGGUUUGAUUUUUCCAUGAUACAUGUUCAUCACUUAUGGGGGGCUCCCAUUGAAACUGUUAUAGUAAUGUAUUUACUAUAUUCCAAGCUUGGAUUGACGUCCAUUGUUGGUGUAGGUUUUUUAUUAACAUUCAUACCAUUACAAAUGUACAUGGGUAAAAGAACUUCAGUGUACAGACUUCGAACCGCCAUAAGAACAGACGAAAGAGUCAGAUUGAUGAACGAAAUCCUAUCUGGUAUCCAAGUAAUAAAAAUGUACACAUGGGAGAAACCUUUUGCGAAACUCGUCGAGAUAGCCAGACGUUCAGAAAUGGUGGAAAUUACUAAAAAUUCCAUGCUCAGAGCUCUAACUCUAUCAUUCGCUUUAUUUAUGAAUAGAAUUUCUAUUUACUUUUGCAUACUUACCUACGUACUAGUUGGGAAUACUGUGAAUGCUGAAUUCGUUUAUAGUUGUGUUUCGUUUUACAGUAUUUUAAGACAGGCUGUUACGAUGUUUUUGCCGCAAGCUGUUACAUCGAUGGCUGAAUGCAACGUGUCUGUGAAACGCAUCAAAACGUUCUUAUUGUAUGAAGAAAUUCACGAUGAAAAUGAACCUGUUAUGUACGUUAAUGAUAAUAGUCAGAAGGAGAAACAGAAUGGUUUGGUACUAAAAUCUGAUAUAAGCAGCAAAAGUAUUGGUAUAUUUUUGCAGGAUGGGGCUUGUAGGUGGUCUUCAUCAUCACCUGAAAGCACUUUAUCAGGCAUCAACUUUUCUGUUAGUGAAAACCAAUUAGUAGCCAUCAUUGGGCCAGUGGGAAGUGGAAAGACAACUCUACUACACGUUCUACUAAAAGAAUUAUCCCUGGAAGGUGGUACUUUGGAAGUGAAUGGUAGAGUAUCAUAUGCAUCACAAGAACCAUGGUUAUUUGGUGGUAGUGUAAGACAAAACAUUCUUUUUGGACAAGAAUAUAAUGAGAAUAAAUAUAAGGAAGUUGUGAGGGUGUGUGCUUUGGAAAGAGACUUCACUCUAUUCCCCUAUGGUGAUAAAACAAUCGUCGGUGAGAGAGGUACAAUGUUGAGCGGUGGCCAAAGAGCUAGAAUCAAUCUUGCACGUGCUGUUUACAAGGACGCAGACAUAUACUUACUGGACGAUCCUCUAUCAGCUGUGGAUACACACGUGGGUAAGCAAUUAUUCGAAGACUGCAUUAGCAAAUACCUGGGCGACAAAUGUGUAGUUCUCGUCACCCAUCAACUGCAAUACCUUCACAAAGUUAGCAGGAUCGACUUGCUAGAAGACGGGAAAAUAUCGAUAUCAGGAACAUACCAACAACUACAAAACUCCGGCAGAGACUUCACGAACUUGCUCAACGAACACAAAGAUGAACACAACGAUGAUGAAGAGAAGAAAGACAGGAAGAGCAAGCACGAGGUAAUGGAGGAAGAUAAACCUGGUGAACCCACGGAAGUUAAAGAACACGUUGAAAAAGGAAAAAUAUCUGGAGAAGUUUAUAGGAGGUACUUUAAAGCUGGUGGUCGUUUAUGGCAGGCUUUCGCUAUGCUAAUUAUAUUUAUUCUGGCACAAGUAAUUGGUAAUGGUAACGAUUACUUCGUCACUUGGUGGGUAAACUAUGAACAAGACAAGUUGGCCCAAGCUAACUUCACGAACACUACGGAAACCUUCUGGGAUACUGUUUUCUUUGAAUACAACGGAUUAUACAUCUACACAUCUUUUGCUGUAAUGGUUGUUGUGAUGGUUGUAUCAAGGUCUGUUAUAUUCUAUAAAUUCUGCAUGGUGGCUUCAAGAAAACUGCACGAUAAUAUGUUCAACAAUGUUGUAUUCGCCACCAUGGAGUUUUUUAACAAUAAUCCCUCUGGAAGAAUUCUAAACAGGUUUUCGAAAGAUAUGGGAGCUGUUGAUGAAAACUUACCGGGUGCUAUGAUAGAUACAAUACAAAUUGGUCUGAAUGUGCUGGGCAUAUCAAUUGUCGUUGGUAUAGUCAAUCCAUGGGUUUUGUUAUCAACCGUUGUAAUCCUUACCAUUUUCUAUGGUAUAAGAGUUGUAUAUUUGGCUACAAGUCGUAACAUCAAGCGAAUGGAAGGAACAACUCGUAGCCCAGUUUUCUCUCAUCUAUCAGCGUCUCUGCAAGGUUUAACAACUAUUAGAGCGUUUGGUGCUCAGGAAAUAUUGCGUGAAGAGUUUGAUAAGCAUCAAAAUUUGCACAGUUCAGCCUUUUACAUGUUCUUGGUAGCAGGAAAAACCUUCGGUUUUUGGCUUGAUUUUCAUUGUGUAAUCUAUAUAGCUCUAGUCGUUGUGAGCUUCCUAUUCAUCGAGAAGGAAUCUUAUGGAGGAAAUGUUGGUUUGGCUAUAACUCAGUCCAUGGGGUUGUGCGGGCAGUUUCAAUGGGGUAUGAGGCAGUGGAGUGAGUUAGAAAACAUGAUGACCGCCGUGGAGAGGGUUUUGGAGUACACGGAAAUCAAACCUGAACCACAAGGUGUUGUUAAAGAACCGCCCAAAUUUUGGCCUGAGGAAGGAAACGUCAAAUUUGAAUCUGUAUACAUGAAGUAUUCUGAAAAUGAACCUUUUGUCCUCAAAGAUCUAAGUUUUGACGUCAAACGAGGUGAGAAAGUUGGCAUUGUUGGAAGGACGGGUGCUGGUAAAUCGUCGUUGGUAUCAGCACUCUUUAGAUUGUGUCAAAUUGAAGGAAAAAUCAUAAUAGACAAUGUGAAUACAAAGGAAAUAUCAUUGGAAAAUUUAAGAUCCAAGAUCUCCAUUAUUCCCCAAGAACCAGUCUUGUUCUCUGGAACUCUAAGAAAAAAUUUAGAUCCAUUCGACCACCACAACGAUGACGUAAUAUGGAGCGCAUUGGAACAAGUCGAACUCAAAGGCGCUAUUGAUGAUUUAGCGUCAGGUUUGGAAAGUAAAAUCUCAGAAGGUGGAAGUAACUUCAGUGUAGGCCAAAGACAACUUCUGUGCCUUGCUAGGGCUAUAAUACGCAAAAACAAAAUACUCAUUCUUGAUGAAGCCACAGCGAAUGUUGACCCUCAAACCGACGCUUUAAUUCAAACAACCAUUAGAGAUAAAUUCGGAGAUUGCACUGUGCUCACUAUAGCGCAUAGACUUAACACUAUAAUGGAUUCAGAUAAGGUAUUAGUAAUGGAUUCAGGCACUGUGGUGGAAUUUGAUCAUCCCCAUAACUUACUACAAAACAAAGAUGGAAUAUUCGCUAGCUUAGUCAAACAAACUGGAAGAGCAAUGUCUGAUAACUUGACUGCUAUCGCAGAAAUGAACUACAAUAUGAGGAAGGAUGAAUGAUAAAUCACUAAAAAAGACUAGGUAUAUGAAAAACUAAAUAAUUUAUUUAUUUAAAUAUUCCGUUUUGGAGUGUCCAAACUAUUUAUUAUUAGAUUUAAGUUUCAAUUAAAGUAUCCUUUCUACAGA